AGAUUUUGUAUAUCGUCGUGCAAACUCCCUCGCUUCACUUCUCUUUGUCGCUCGCUGAAGCCGCUGAACCAGAAGACCCAACCUCAGAGCCUAGAGCCCUAACUCUCUCUCUCUCUCCUACAAUGAACUGUGCAAUUUCCGGUGAGGUGCCGGAGGAGCCUGUCGUCUCCGCGAAGUCUGGAUUGCUCUUCGAGAAGCGUUUAAUCGAGAGACACAUAUCGGAUUAUGGAAAAUGCCCAAUAACGGGUGAACCACUCACAAUGGACGACCUUGUUCCAAUCAAAACAGGCAAGAUAGUGCGGCCAAGACCUGUGCAAGCUGCUAGCAUCCCUGGCAUGCUUGGGAUGUUCCAAACUGAAUGGGAUAGUUUGAUGCUAUCCAAUUUUGCAUUGGAGCAACAGCUACACACUGCAAGACAAGAGCUAAGUCAUGCUCUAUACCAGCAUGAUGCUGCUUGCCGUGUGAUUGCAAGGCUGAAGAAAGAAAGAGACGAAGCACGAUCACUACUUGCUCAGGUUGAGAGACAUGUACCAAUGCCAGCAUCAGCGCCGAUUGUAGUAAAUGCUGUUGGCAAUGGGAGAACAGCUGCUGUUGAUGGAGUGGGCCCUGGUGGAAACAAUAUACGUCCUGGAAUAUCUGCUGGUGUAUUUGAAGAGCUCACCGAAUGCAAUGCUGCUCUUUCACAGCAGCGGAAAAAACGGCAGAUACCCUCAACAUUGGCUCCUGUUGAUGAUUUAGAGAGGUAUACCCAGAUAUCUAGUCAUCCGCUUCACAAAACUAGCAAACCAGGCAUUGUGUCUAUUGAUAUACAUCACGAAAAGGACAUUAUUGCAACUGGUGGCAUUGAUACAAAUGCUGUAAUUUUUGACCGCUCAUCUGGAGAAAUCCUAUCUACUCUUAAUGGUCACUCAAAGAAGGUUACCAGUGUAAAAUUUGUGGCUCCGGAUGACCUUUUCUUGACUGGGUCAGCAGAUAAGACAGUGCGUAUAUGGCAAGGAUCUGAUAAUGGGAACUAUAUUUGCAACCACGUUCUGAGAGAUCAUAAUGCUGAGGUGCAAGCUGUUACGGUCCAUGCCACAAAUAACUACUUUGUGACUGCUUCUCUUGAUAAAACAUGGUGCUUUUAUGAGCUUUCUUCUGGAUUGUGUCUUACACAGGUUGAAGACACUUCAGGAACUGAGGGCUACACGUCUGCGGCAUUUCAUCCCGAUGGUCUCAUCCUUGGAACAGGCACCUCCGAGGCACUUGUUAAAAUUUGGGAUGUGAAAACUCAGACAAACGUUGCCAAAUUUGAUGGACAUGUUGGAGCAGUAACUGCUAUAUCUUUCUCGGAAAAUGGUUACUUCCUUGCGACUGCAGCUAGUGAUGGUGUAAAGCUUUGGGAUCUGCGCAAAUUGAGGAACUUCAGGACAUUUGCUCCUUAUGAUCCAGAGACGCCAACAAAUUCUGUUGAGUUUGACCAUAGUGGUAGUUACCUUGCACUUGCGGGUUCUGAUAUAAGGGUUUACCAGGUUGCUAAUGUGAAAUCAGAAUGGAACUGUAUCAAAACUUUCCCUGAUUUGUCGGGCACAGGUAAAGUUACUUCAGUGAAAUUUGGUCCGGAUGCAAAGUACCUUGCAGUGGGAUCAAUGGACAGAAACCUUCGCAUUUUCGGCCUACCUGGAGAUAAUGAUGUAAUGGAGUCUUGAAGCAAACUUAAACUUGCCCAAAUCUUGGUAUUGCACUGUUUUGCUGUGCCUCUAGUUUCUGUUACCUUUAGUGCUGAUUCAUGUUUUUGGGACUUGAUGCCGACAUUCUCAUUCGUUGGCCCUGUUCCGGUAGUUCUGAAACAAUGAACAGGAUGAUGGCAGGUCUCAAAGCCUGCAUUUUGGCAUAGCAUGCGGCAGCUACAAUUGCAGUUAUCAGCUGAGUUGUGACAUUCUUUUAAAUAGCCAGUGUUAGAACUUAGGCACAUGCUCUCUUGUACUAUGAUCUUAUUUUGUUAUUUGUUCGUCUUCAAAUGUACUAUGGCCAGACAGAUGUUAAAUAUACAGAGUAUGCAGUUUCUUAAAAUGGUGAAAUGGGCUUAUUAUC